AUGGACACAAAAGGGCUUCCUGCGGUUUCAACUCUUACAACACAAGCAGCAUGCGAUCUUCCCUCGAAGUAUAGCUGGACUUCUACCAACGCUCUCGCUAGCCCAAAAUCUGGAUGGGCUUCGCUCAAAGACUUCACCGUCACCACCUACAAUGGCAAGAAGCUUGUCUACGGAUCCUAUGCCAACACCGGCUCUAGCUAUGGCUCCAUGAACUUCGGGCUCUUCGACAGCUGGUCCAGCAUGACUUCUGCCCCUCAAAAUGCCAUGUCUGCCAACACCGUGGCACCCACGCUGUUCUACUUCAAGCCAAAAGACGUUUGGGUGCUUGCAUAUCAAUGGGGGGCCACCGCCUUCUCCUACCGCACUUCGAAGAAUCCGUCCGACGCCAAUAGCUGGGGAGCAGCGCAGCCGUUGUUCUCAGGCUCAAUAUCUGGUUCCGACACUGGUCCCAUCGACCAGACGCUGAUCGGUGAUGGGUCUAAUAUGUAUCUCUUCUUCUGUGGUGACAAUGGCAAAAUCUACCGCGCCAGCAUGCCUAUUGGUAACUUCCCCGGGAACUUUGGCUCCACAAGCACUGUCGUCAUGUCGGAUACCAAGAACAACCUCUUCGAAGCCGUACAGGUCUACACCCUCGAAGGCCAGACCAAAUACCUCAUGAUCGUCGAGGCGAUCGGAUCCAAUGGCCGUUACUUCCGCUCUUUCACUGCCACGAGUCUAGGCGGCACCUGGACGCCACAGGCAGCGACUGAGAGCAACCCCUUCGCGGGUAAGGCGAACAGCGGCGCCACCUGGACAAAUGAUAUCAGCCAUGGUGAUCUCCUGAGAACCAACCCCGACCAGACCUUUACGGUGGACCCGUGCAACUUGCAGCUGUUGUACCAGGGUAGGAACCCGAACAACGUGCCGAGCGACUACAAUCUUCUGCCGUACAGACCUGGUGUCUUGACGCUGAAGAAGUAA